AACAGCUGGUUUGCCGUUCGCUGCCGUUAUUCUUUUCAUUAUUUCCCUACCACAUCCACGGAACGCGGCUUAUUUAAAGCACUUCUCCGCGGUGAAAAAGUAAAGUAAGCGUGCUUACGUUCAGCUGACGCAAAGUAGACACGUAGGCGAGAACCUCGUGGUAACCAUAGCGACACCGGUCCGCUUGUUUCAUAUUUACGCUUUCCUGGAUCGUUUGUCAAAUUGGUGAACUGGUUUUUGUCCCUUUACGGUUACACAGAAAACAGAAAUGAAACAAAAGACGGGCUUGGAAGGAGUUGAGGUCAAUAAGACAUCUACUGCCAUAAACACUGUAAAUUUAGUAAAACUGGAGAAAUCCUGCUCUCCUGGACACUGCCGUUCUCGAGCUGUUUUCAGAGUACUCAUUAAUGUCCACGAAACACCAAAGACGGAUUUAAACCAGGAGCACCUUGCAGAUGACUACAGGGCUUCGUCGCCAACAGCCUCCGUCAUCCGUCCAAUUGGUGAGGGACAUCAUCAGAAGAGAUGCCAUGCAGACAAUCAAGAUCACAGCUCUCAAGAAACUGAGAAGCAGGAGGAGAAAGAACAAAGCCUUUUAAGAAGAGCCAUCAGAAUUCUUCUCAUGUUGUUCAUUAUUUUGGGAAUAAUUGUUAUUUUCAUGAUUGCCAGCCAACAUGUUUACCUGGAGUGGGAUAGAAUCUUAAGGUCGCUGGCUCUUAACAAAUGCAUGAAUGGCUUUGUAAAACUGCGCUUUGUUGGAAUGUACAAUCCGCCCAUAUGAACCCAUAUUGCCUUCAGCACUCAA